AUGUCGAAAAGAGAGGCCGAUUCUAUUGGACACGAAAGUGAAAAGAAAUUGAAAACCGAUAAGAAAGAUGACAUUGCCAUUGAUUCCGAGCUCCUUGGUCAACAAACUUCUUAUGGGAGUCCCGAGGGUAAUCAAGAAUCUUCUGAAGCUCUGGCUGCAGCUGCUGCAGCUGCUGCCGCUGUAGCUGCACAACCUGCAAGUGCCGCGGCCGCAGCUGCAUUAACAUCGCAGCAACAUCAGCAGCAACAGCACCAUCAACAACAACAAUUGCAGCAACAAUUGGCGUACCAGAAUGCAUUCAGACAGUCGCAAGGUGGGCUGCACCUGCCGUCUCUGGGAAUGUCUCUGAUUCAGCCAACAACACUUCCUCCUUCGUCGUCAAAGCCGCUGCAUGGUUCGGAGGAAUGGCACAAACAACGUCGUGAGAACCAUAAAGAGGUGGAACGCAGACGCCGUGAGUCAAUUAAUCUUUGGAUCAAGGAAUUGGCAAAUUUGAUUCCCACCACCGAUACAAACAAGUCGCAGAUUUUGCAACGGGCGGUGGAAUAUAUUAAGCGUCUUAAGGAAAAUGAGAGUAAUAAUAUUGAAAAAUGGACUCUUGAAAAACUUUUGACCGACCAAGCGGUAUCUGAAUUGAGUGCUUCGAAUGAAAAGUUGAAGGCGGAAUUGCAAAAGGCAUACCGUGAGGCUGAACACUGGAGAAGAAUUGCCGAAGACAAGGAGAAGUAG